CUCUGACAGCCUGCAGAAACACCAGCUGCAUACAUUUAAACAUCUUAUGUAUGUGUGUGGGUGUGUUUGAAUGUGUGUUUGUCUUAAAACACACACACACCUUUGCAGAUCCAUCCUCUAUCUAAAACCUUCUGAACUCAAACUAUUUCCAAAUGUUGAGCUGCCAAUCAAACCUGAUAAUGUGAUGUUCUGUAUAAAUGUAUUCUGACAGUUUGAGGCUGUAACUCAGUACCUCGGUGUAUUCAGACGUAAACUCUGUUCGGUUGGGGUCUUUUGACCUGUUUCUUUAUUAAUAGCAGCAGUGGUUUGUGUAGGUUUGAGGCCGGCGGUGCAGCUGUUCAGGUGUUUAGAGCCUAAACUGCUUCCUGACAGUCCAAUCUGUCCUGUAAUGAUCAUCUCUGACCUCAUUUUAAAAAUGACUGCUGCUCAUUGCACACCAAAAAACAAGAUGAAUUGAUGACAACUGGAGAGACAACUUUUCUAUUCUUAGAUUCUUUCCACUAAUGGGGCAAAAAUGUAAAAAAAAAAUCAAAAAAAAAAUCCAUAAUUUACCCCCAAGGCAGCGUAUUGGGGCCAUUAUUAUUUUAAUUAUUAUUGUUAAUGAUUUAAAAUCUGCCCACUCAUGUGAUCUCUGUCUCUAUGCAGACGAUGGUGCAUUGAUAAGUUUAAAAAAAACAAAAAUAGAUAAUAUCUCGAGUGCUGGACAGAAAUUUAUUGCAACAUGGCUCUCUGAUGAUAAACUUUUCCUUCAUUUAAGGAAAACUGUUGCCGUCCUUUCUGGAUCUCGAAUUAGCCGGAGAAAUAUUCCGAAUUUUUGGUCAAGUUGGGUCAGACAGUAAUUGUCGUUAUUUAUCUAGGUUGUAUUUUAGAUUCUGCACUCAUGAGAGGCCGUGGCAUAGACAGCGCUUAACAAAAUUUGUCGAAAUCCUAAAUUCUUGUCCAGUAGAGCACCCGUUGCUGGGCCUUUAGUUCAAUGCUGUUUUGACACUGCUGCCACCUGCUGGUACAGUAGUUCUCCACAACACAUCAUAUACUAGCUUUCGGCUGUGAAGAAUAAAGGUGUUGGGGUUUUAUCUAAAUUAACUCCGCGUAUGCACUUGGACCUGCACAUUUUCAAAAUUUCAAUUGUCUCGGAAUGAUGUUCGUAGUUACUUAACCAACAGUUUUAUCAGACACCUCCUCUAAUAUUAUUCUUUUUUGAUUUACCUCUUUUUAUUCACCCCAAACAUCCAAUGUACCAAAUGUACAGACGCUAGCUGUUUGCUAUCUAGGAAUGUAUGCACCAAACGUUUCUGUGUGUGUUUGUUCAGCUCAUCCUCUGACUGAUGUCAGAACUCAUCAGAAACUCAAGUUCUUUCUGUUACUUCCCUCCCGUCUCUUUCCUUUUUCCUCUUGUCUCUGUACGUGUACGAAGUAGAUUAAUGAAACCCCGGGAUAAGUGCAGAUUUUUUGCCCAGGUAGAAACAUUUUCAGCUCGUGUGGAUGCAUCUCCGCCUCAAUUCUGUGAAUGUGGGUUCUAUGUUGGUUUGUGUAUCAUUAUUGUGCUGCCAUUUAGGUCUGGACUGGGUGACAAUUUUUCCAUUUGUUUGGUCUCUUGACUUUAAAUGUUUGAGCUGCACUGUGAACUAAUAUGACUCUCUCUCUUUUUCCAUGUGUGCGUCCUCCCCGUGACUGUCCGUCCUCACCAGGACGUCUGAGGGGGUCCACCCCCGCCUCCUGACUUCCUGUUUACUUCCUGGAACACAGUGAGCACUUCCUGUACGUUUCAGACCGUCACCUGACCGGCUGGAGGCGUCACCUGUCCGCCACGGCGGAUUUUCAGACUCCGACGCUGACCAUGACCUGCUGACAUCACCACACUCGCCCCCCCUCCUCCGCUCUCUCUCUCUUACAAAAUGGCUCCGACCAAUUGGCUGUCACCGUGGCGGCCGCCGCCGCCGCUGCUGCUGCUCAUCCUCACUUCCUGUUUCCUGUCUGAGUCGGCCUCAACCACGCCCUUCCCCAAAGACCUGGAGCCAAUCAACACGGUCAGCUCGGAGCAGUCGUAUCAGUUUCCAGGGUUUCAGGGUUUGCUUCAGGACAACGACACGCUGCGUCUGGGCCUGGACUUUCAGAGGUUGUUACGCAUCAACCACAUGUUGUACAUCGCUGCCAGGGAUCACGUGUUUGCAGUGAACCUGACGACAGCUUCAGAGGAGUUCGUACCUCAGCUGAAGCUGACGUGGCGGUCCAAAGACGUCAGCAAGUGUACGGUCAGAGGGAAGAACAGCGACGAGUGCUACAACUACGUCAAAGUGCUGGUGCCCAGAAACGACGAGACGCUGUUUGCCUGCGGCACCAACGCUUUCAACCCCACCUGCCGAAACUACAAGAUGACCACCUUGGAGCAGGUCGGGGAGGAGGUGGUUGGUCAGGCUCGUUGUCCCUUUGAGUCUGGUCAGUCCAACGUUGGACUGUUUGCUGGGGGAGAUUUCUACUCAGCCACCAUGACGGACUUCCUGGCCAGCGACGCCGUCAUCUACAGAAGCCUGGGAGACGGCCAACCGGUCAGGACCGUCAAGUACGACUCAAAGUGGCUCAGGGAGCCUCACUUCCUGCACGCCAUCGACUAUGGGAACUACGUCUACUUCUUCCUCAGUGAGAUCGCAGUGGAGUACACCGCCCUGGGCAAGGUGGUGUUUUCUCGAGUCGCCCGGGUUUGUAAGAACGAUAACGGGGGCUCCCCCCGAGUUCUGGAGAGAUACUGGACUUCCUUCCUCAAGGCUCGUCUGAACUGUUCGGUUCCCGGAGACUCGUUCUUCUACUUCGACAUUCUUCAGUCUCUCACCAACGUGCUGCAGAUCAACCAGAGACCUGCUGUGGUCGGAGUCUUCACCACUCAGGCCAACAGUAUCCCCGGCUCAGCGGUUUGUGCUUUCUACAUGGACGACAUAGAGAAAGUCUUCAACGGGAAGUUCAAGGAGCAGCGGACCAGCGACUCGUCCUGGACUCCAGUACCGGACGAGCAAGUUCCCAGACCAAGGCCCGGUACGUGUGCAGGGGACGGCCCGGCUGCAGAAUACAAGUCAUCGGUUCAGUUCCCAGAUGAGACGCUGACAUUUAUCAAGUCGUAUCCUCUGAUGGACGAAGCUGUUCCGUCCGUCAACGACCGGCCCUGCUUCACCAGGACCUCCAGCAGGUCCAAGCUGACCCAGAUUGUGGUGGAUGUUUCGGCUGGCCCCUACAAGGACCGGACGGUGAUGUUCCUGGGCUCAGACGACGGCAGAGUCCUGAAGGUUUUGGCCAACACGCAUCCCAACGACAGCUUCGGAUCCAAACUGCUGGAGGACAUCGACGUAUACAGUCCAUCCAAGUGUAACGUUCAGGGUCAGGAGGACAGGAGGGUUCUGGGAUUGGAGCUGGAUAAGGACCAUCAUGCCUUGUUCGUAGCCUUCACCAGCUGUGUCAUCAGAGUGCCGCUCAGCCGCUGCACCCAACACGGAGCUUGUAAAAAAGCCUGCCUGGCCUCUCGUGACCCAUACUGCAUCUGGCUGCGGACCGGGAGUUGUGCCAACAUGGCGCCAGGUUUCAAGGCGGGGUUUGAACAGGAUAUCGAGGGCGACCACUCGUUUCACCCAGACAGCUGUCACGCUGAUGUGUUGGCGACCACACGGAACCAGGAGUCUGCAGCCGACUCCGCCUACGGUGUUCGCCGUCUUCCAGAGUUGGACCAGCGCGCCGGUGCGAACGUCCACUACACCCUGCUGAUCGCCUGCGUGCUGGUGGCCUUCUUCCUGGGUGCCAUCUUGUCGGGUUUCCUGGUGUCGUGUUACUGCAGCCGCAGCGCCGCUCAGCGGGCGAGGAGGCUCGGGAAAGACCCCGAGGCGCCGCUGCCGCACGCCUUAUCGCUGCGAUCCCUCGCCAAGCUCAACGGACUGCUGGACGGACAGCCGAAGGAGAACAAACUGGACGUGUCCACCCCGAAGAUGUACAGCUCCUUUAUCCCCAACGGCCGGUCAGAGCCUCACCUCCACACCCCCGGACACCAGGGCCUGCCGCUGGGAGACCCCGACCUCAGCCUCUCCCAGUCUCUGUCGCAGGGUGAUGGAGAGCUGUCCGGCCUGCCCACGCCUGACUCCACCCCGGAGCUUCCCAUCAAGAACAUGAAGGCCCUGCGGCACCAUCAGUACGAGAAGAACCAGAACUGCAACAAUGCCAAGGACAACAUCCCCCAAUCUGGGCCCAGCUGCUCUGGAUCCAGUCUGGGUUUCAUGGCCGUCGUUGGGAACUCUUUGACCCAGCAGGCGUUUCCCUUCGCUCAUCACCACGGCAACAGUUUCAGCAAUGGAGCGUCCCAUGGAGCGGGUGCUUCUUCUACUUCACUGCACCUCCCUGAGGAGAGGAAGAUCUCGAAUGAUGAGAGAGCAGCAGCAGCAGGAGGAGGAGGAGGCGGCGGUGGGGGAGUCCCCCAUCACCAUCACUCCCAGCAGUCCCUCCCCCAGACAGUGGUGGACGUGUCGGCGCUGGACGAGCUGCUCAAACACAUCCAUGAGGUCAGCGCAUCGGGGACCGGAGGCAUCAAGGUCCUCACCUCCACCUCCUCGUCCUCCCUGUUCCCCGGGCCCUCCUCGUCCUCCUCUGGAGGACAUCAUCAUAAUCAUCACCACCAUCAUCAUCAUCAUAAUCACCACGGCCAGACCCGCACCCACCACUACAACCACAGCCAUCACCAUAGCAACCACCACAACAACAACGGCAGCGGCGGCAGCGGCCACCAUCACCAGCAGCAGAUCCCCGAGACAGAAUCAGCUUCGUAUUACAGCACCUCCACGCUGCCGAGGGACGGCCUCCCAAAACACCUGGACACACCUACUCAAAACUCCACCUCAUCCUCCGCCUCCUCCUCUUCUUCCUCCUCCUCAUCCUCCAACAACCCCACCUCCUCCACCUCCAUCCCUUCUUCCUCCUCUUCCUCCUCCUCAACUCCGCUCCAGCAGCAGGUGAUUCCAGAGAGACCCGGAGGAAGCAGCGUCUCUGUGACACGACACCACUCCCAGCGCCACUCCCUCAUCAAGAUGGGCAGUGGGAGCGGCGCAGUGCCGCGCCACCACAGCUUCAACCAACGGGGGGCACAGCAUGCACACUUUCUAGCCAGGAUGAACACCAACAGCAGCAGCAAUGGCCCCCCGGGCGCCAGCGGUGCGGCCAACGUGAACACCAAUACUAACGGCGAGAGCCAGCGGCCGUUGAUCACCAGCGCUUGCCUGACACGGCAGCACAGUUACAGUGAAGGGCCACAUGUGCAGCGGGCGGCGAUCGUCCGGAGAACGGCGUCCCUCAAACCCCAAGUCCCGCCAAAACCGUUGUUCCUUCCAAACACAGCGACAUCACCGGUGGCAGAGGCAGGAAAAUACAACUACUGAGACUGUUGGAGGAAGUGGCGCCAUUCCAACAUGGCAGCUACAGUCCUCACCAAGUAAAUCACUCUGAAGUGUUUGCAGGGCUUGUGAGAAAUGACAAAAUGAGAGCACUGAUGGGACGAAAAAACAUAAAAGAGACUUCAGAGCUUUUUGUCCCCAUCACUCCUCAUUACGACCAUUCAGUUGUGGUUAUUUUCCUGCUGCUGAGAGGACGCUGUCCGACGCCUCUCUGAGUCACGACCGCUGCAUUGUAGCUGCUUCGCUCACAGAGCAGAGCCCUGAAAAGAGCCACACAGACAGACACUCUGAGGAUCGACAAAUAAACAAGAGCUCUGACUCAUUUCUUCAGGCAGGCGGGGCCGCUCGUGGCGACUUUCCCCUCACGACAGACUGCGGAUCAAAUCCGGCUCGUUCCAAAAGCAGGGCGAAAGAUGUUAAUGAUUCAAAAGGAGUCCCCAAGGCUCGAGGUGGCCUGAAAAAUUCUUGAUUAAUGCAGUUUUCUUAUGAGCGCUUUGAUCUAAUGUCCCCGGUUGUUGCACCUUGGCACGGGGCCCAGAUUUCAUUUGCAAAGAUUCAAAAAAGCAGCGAAUCGGACUGCUGCAAACCUGACACGAACUGAAUCUGGGAACGCUGGGAGUGUUGGACGUUUCUCCAGGACUUUGAGUCAAACGAUGGCAUUUCUUUCCACAGGAGAAAUCAAACAAAAAUCUUAUAAUGUCAAAAAUGUCCAGAGGGUAAUUCUUUUCCUUUUGGAAGUCUGUUUGUUCCUCUGAAUCUGGUCCAGAAAAUUUUAAUUUACAGGAGGGUUCACAGAGUCCAAAGGCAGAAAGAAAAUAACUACAAUGAGGUUUUUGUUAUCGCGUCCAACGCUUCAAGAUGACGGGACGUUCAAGAGAUGGAGAUUUUUGUAUACCAACACAUAAGCAACACUUCGAGGAAAGUGAGAAGAAAAAGACAAUUAUGCUUCAUAUGAAAUCUAAAUGUCAAAAUCCAGCAGCCACAGAGAUCCAGAUCAGAGCAGCCAUUACUGACAGAGCUGUCUCUUUCCACCCUGACAGUACACACAAACUAGAUGAAUGUUCUUUUUUUAUACCAUAUUGGUAUCUGAAAAACAAACAAAGCAUUAAUGGAGCGUUGGCUGUACGUGUUCACUGAUCAAUUACUCCCUCAAAUUAGAAAUUCAUGCACUCCGCACACUUAAUACUCUUUCAAUUUAGUCAUUUGUAUGUUCAAAUUACUUAAUUGAUUCUCUUGAAUUAAUAAUUGCCCUCAAAUGAUUUAAUUUGCCCCCUCCCUUCUCUCUUUUGCAUCUGUCUUUAUCUAUGAAGAGCUGAAUUUUUAUGAACUGGCAUCUGCAGGAUCUAUAAAAUAUGUUUAACGGGAUGUCAAAGAUCAAAUCAAACUGUAUUAAAUCCAAGAGGUCCGCUGUUAAUUUCAGAGUAUUAAUUAAGAAAUUUGAGGAAUCUGUUUAUCAAAAAUGUUUUCUCAUCACCUACUGAGCUGUGAUGUGGUGAACCUGCCGAAACAGAAAAGACAGCUCACAGGAUGAAAAGUAUAAUAAAGUUUGGCUUUUUGUAAAUUAAAAUCUCAGUUCACCCAAACUACAGAAAGACACAUUUUCUCACUCACCUCUAGUGCAGUGGUUCCCAAAGUGGGUGUCUUGGCCCCCAGGGGUGCCAUGAGGAUGCCAAAGGUAGUGCAUUUUGGUUUUACUGUACAUUUUUACCAAAAGCGACGUCUUCAAACAUGAAAAAAUAAGCAACAAACAAAGUUACCAUAGUAGCAAGACAACAGCCAGACCAACAGACAUUGCCGACCGUAGAGUUAAAACUGACAACCUAUAUACGUAUACAGGCCUGUAUGUUUAACUUUAACAUCAGUGUUGUUUGUUUUGUCAAAAUAAAUUCUAAUAACAGAUA